ACGAAACGAAACGCGUGUAGACCCUGGCUGCUGCGAGUGGCCGCAUGACAUAACUGGCCAUACAUCUUUUCGGCCGCCUCACCUCCGCCCGCGCCCUCUGUUGCUGUGACCGAGCCAAUCUGCUCGACUUCUCUGAUACAAGCCAAGUGAUCGCUCGAAUACGAGGCACGCUGCCCAGAGUUGUCCUCGCCAUAUGCGCCAGCAGCUGCCGCCAGCCCAUCGCUGCAGCGAGGCGUUCGGCCGCGCAGCUUGAGCUAUGGCGAAAGGUCCAGACGUUGUCAUCGUCGCCCGACACGGUGCCCGCCUCGACGCUGCCGACAAGCAAUGGCAUCUCACCUCGCCCACCCCCUACGACCCUCCCCUCACCUACGGCGGCUGGUCCCAAGGCAAGGCCCUCGGUCUGCGCAUCGCUUCGCUGCUCCAUGCGCGCGAACUGGAGAAAGCCAAGGAUACGAGUAAUGGCCCAGAGCCAGGCACGGCGUGUGUCAGCUCUGGUGCAUCCAAGAGUGCCAACGGAGCUUCUUCGGGCACCAUGAAGCGGAAGCACAAGAUCAUCAUUCACUCGAGUCCCUUCCUGCGAUGUGUGCAGACAAGCACAGCCAUCGCGGCUGGUAUUUCCCAGUUUAGACCUCCAAAGGACGAGCCUCCACCAUCAGCCCCGACAUUGAAGGUGCCCCACCACUCCAAGGAGAAGAGCCCCUUAGGAAAAGACCCCUCCACGUCGCCAGCCGUACAAACAGUUAGCGGCAGGCGAGCAGAAAAGUCCGAGCCUGACUCUCCCCCAAAACCACGCAAGUCCGGCUGGCUGCGAUUGAACAAUCCUGCAGUCAACACAAAACCGUACAUCGGGCCCGAGAAGAUACUGCUGCGCAUCGAUGCUUUCCUCGGCGAGUGGUUGUCCCCAGACUACUACGAGGACAUCACACCCCCGCCAAACUCUACCAUGAUGGUUGCAGGCGCAAAGGCAGAUUUACUGAGGAGGAGCGACUACGUUGAAGCCCCGCCCAACAAACCUACCAGCGUGGGUCAUUUCCCUGGUGGCUGGGUUAGGAGCAAUGUGGCGUCUACGGCUAGCAAUCGUACGAACCCAGGCGAAGGCACGUUUCCGUCAAUGGGAAGCUUGGCCAGAGCGCUGCCUCGUGAGCGCUCCAAUAGCCAAGGGGCCAUGCUCAGCAGACAGCGCUCGAGAUCGGAAGAUCCUCACGCCCCGGCCGAGCUUACAGUAACACACGAACCCAACGGUCGUCUUUACGAUGCUCCUGUCCCAUCGUAUGCCGUUUCACCAGCGGAGCCCAUACCUCGGGGAUAUGCCACCCAUGCUCGAGACGCUUGUCUCAAAGUAGACUUCCAAUGGGACAGCAUGAGGGAACCGCAACAGUGGGGUGACGGCGGCGAGUUUGGUGACGAGUGGAGCACCAUGCACAAGCGCUUCCGGCGAGGGCUCGCUGGCAUGAUGCAGUGGUACAGGGAGCAUGGCACAAAAACGCUGCCGCCUCAGAACAUGUUUCCUGGAUUUACCUUUUCCGAGCGCACUACUUCUGCGCCUCAGAAGGCUGAACCAACACCGUUGAUGCUGAAGCAAAACGAAAAGGAGAAGGGCGAGGAAGGGGAUGAUGACGAAGAGCUCGUGCUGGUGCUGGUAACCCAUGGUGCGGGCUGCAAUGCACUCAUCGGUGCCAUCACCAAUCAGCCAGUGCUCAUGGACAUCAGCCUUGCAGCGCUUUCGAUGGCGGUGCGAAGAGAGGUGCCGCGAACAACAUCAUCAAACAAUAUCUACGCCCGCCGGUCAUCCGUCGUGGAUCCAGGUAUGGCCGAUACAUACGAGAUGAAGCUGCUCGCCUCCAUCGACCACCUUCGUCCUGGCGUCGACCCAUCCAAACCCCCACGAUCCCAAACACCGACCGCAGCCGCCAGUCCAACCAUCGGCCUCGACUACCGACCGCCGCGCCGCACGGGAACGGGAACAAGCGGGACUAGCACUUCCACCAGCCAGCUCGACUCCCUCGCCCUAGGUCCCUCGGCUCGUUCAGGCUGGAACAGUUCCCUCGGCAGCAUCCGACGCACUUCCACUUCAGGUUCGGGCUCGUUCAUGACAUCGAACACUCCGAGCGGCUCAGUGUCUCCGAGCACGCCCAGCGGCUCGGGCCUGUGGGGCGGCAGUCUGCGCUCUAUUUCCUUGAACGACACUCAGGCCGACGGCCGCGCCAGCCCUGGCGCCGAAAUGGUCGAAGCAUUCCAGAGAUCGCAGCCGAGACAGACACCGAGACCGCCUCCGCCCACUUCGACUCCCAACGUCGACGGCGCGGCAUCCCCCGAGGCUGCUGCGGAGAACGCACACGAAGAGAUCGAGAAGCACGAUGACGUUGCGCCGCUGAGUAUACCCAAGCGGACACCGAGUGCGGCAAGCAAGCCUAGCGGCGCUGCCGCAGGCGGGCUUUGGGGCGCGCCGAAGAAACAGGAGAGUGGGAAUGGACUGUGGAAGAAUAGCUCUGUCAUGUGGGGCCCGCCGAAGCUGGAUGAGGUAUAUGAGCACAUCGCAGGGCCGAAGAGGAGGUGGACGAUGACAGAGAGGGAGUAAGGACUGUACUGUUUGGAUGGAAAAAGUUGAGUCUUAUUGGUACGAGCAUAUAGCGAUGACGGGAAGCUUUCACGAUGACGAGACAGGGGAGUCUCACUUGUGUAAUUACUGGGCAUUGCUACGGUGUUUGAGACCGGGUGGGAAAGGCCCCGGCACUUUUGUUUCUUUCUUGGUGGAAGGAAAAGUUUAUGAUACCACUGAAAACCAUCUAUAUCCCUUGCGGUCGACGUUGUGCGAAGCCGGCCGCGAGGGACAUCAAGUCAAGUC